CGUUUUGACAAGCAUUUUUGGCCUGCUAAGGAAUCGUUAAUUUAAUUGGGUCGCGCUGAUAAGCCCAUGACAGACUACAUUACAGUGAUUCGAUAGCCCGAAAGCUGUGACCGGAUGUAGAUGAGAGAGACAUUUUCGUGUAGAAGAGAAAAAAAAAUGUGGAAGAAAGACAAAUGAGAUACGAGAGGAUAGUUUACGUCAAAUUUCCAUCCGCUUUUGUACGUUCGAGUUUUUAUCACAGUUUUUCCAAUAGAGCGUGUGAGAUAUUUAAUGAACAUUGUCAAGUGACAUUGGGGGGAGGGGAAUCCAUUGAUUAGUAAUCGUAAUGGCUAAUUCAUAUGACAUUGAUGAAACUCCUGUACCAGAAUUGCCAGCGAUUCAGCAUGAUAUUCAAAGAGGCAAGAUGUUUCUCAUGAGACGUAGCAGCGAGUCUGGUGAUUGUUUGUACGACCAUUUAUCAGAGUUAUUGGCGAAAAUUCUAUCAGAAAGGCCCAAGAAUGCGGUGGACUUAUUCGAAAACUACAGUAAAGAAUUAAAAGAAGAAAGACUGAGAGUAAAAUCGAAUCUUCACGAUCUGUACCUUCCACCACCCGAGUACACCGAAGCGGAAAAGCUUAUUAAACUUUUCCGAGUACCGAGAGAGAACGAGAAUUAUGUAAAUGAGUUGAACGAUGAAACUGAAAAUGUACCGCCGGACUUGAUGGAUUUAUUUUCUUAUCUCGAGAAUAUCGAUGUUGGUUUUCCCAAGUCUGAUAUUGUAAUCUUAAAUUUGACCAUUAGGAGACUCAUGAGAGAACAACCGAUCAUCAACGUCAGAUUUUGGGGUAAAAUACUUGGAAAACCGUUGAAUUACUAUGUAGUAGAGGGAGAAUUGUCGCAGUCGGAGAUUUCACGUCGUCUUGAGCAAUUGGAGACAGGUGGGGUCGAGAAGCGAGAUGAGAGCAAUGAGAAGACUAUUGAUGAGGAUGAAAGAGACGUUGAGGAUUCUGGUGCGAAUGUUAGUGGAGAGGAUUAUGAGGAUGAAAGGAGCACUUUAGAAUCCGUGUUUCCAGCGUUGGAGGAGGGUGAGGAGAGGGUUGUCAUUCCGAGCGAAGCUAUUGGAACUGGAGCAAAUAAAAAAGUUUAUUUUAUUUGCAAUUCGCCGGGACAGGAUCCCUGGGUAGAACUCCCCCCAGUCACGCCAGAGCAAAUCAUCAUCUCGCGGAAAAUUCUCCGUCACUUCACCGGGUGUCUGGAGACCCCCAUUUCCACGUACCCGGCGUAUCCGGGAGUUGAAAAGAAUUAUUUGAGGGCCCAGAUUGCAAGAAUCACUGCAAGUACUUCAGUCUCGCCAAUUGGAUAUUUUACAUUUAGCAAGGAUGAGGAAGAGAUUGAAGAAGAGGAGAUAGAUGAGGAGGAGGAAGAGAAUGAGAAUGGUGGAGAAAUAUCAGUGAAUCCUCAUUACGAUCCCCUUCCCACGAAAGAGCUGACGGAUUCAUCUCUAGCCAACUGGUGUCACCACGUCGAUUACAUCCUCGAACAGGGUCGAACGAUCUGGUGGAAUCCAGGGGGUGAAGAAUCACCUCAGGAAGAACUAGAAGAAGAGGAAGAGGAAGAUGAAUCUGAGGAGGACUCCGAAAAAAGCGAGGAUAAAAAGAUUCCCAAGGAAACGGGGCCGUCUCUACUGUCACCUUUAUCAGAAGACAGUCUGAUUGGCACGAUUCCACCCUGGACCACUCGUUUGUCCUCCAGAAUCCAAGAAGAUACAGCAUUCGCGGUCGUGAGGUCCAACCUCUGGCCAGGAGCUGUUGCGUUCGCCAAGGACAAGAAAUUCGGCAAUUUUUACGUGGGGACUGGCCAUAAAUUCAGCAUCGAAUCCUAUGCACCACCGGUGAUGCCUGCUGUGCAGGAGCAGUAUCAGGUUGGCCCUGAGAUCAUGGAGAUGAUUGAGCCGAGCUUCGAAGCGGAAGAGGCUUAUCGAAUCGCCCACUUGCCACCCACGAAACUGGCUGAUGCGGGUGGUGAGGAGGAUGAGGAGAGCGAAGACGGGGAGGAUGAGGAGGAUGAGGACGGGGACGUGGAUGAAGAUUCUUUGAACAAUUGAAUAAUCUUGCAGAUUUAAAAAAAACACGUCAUCUGUAAUGAAAUAAUUCCAUUACGCAUCCACAC